ACAGCGCAUGCAGCUAUCUCGCUCAAGCACAUGCUGUCUUAGCUAACGCCUUAGCUAGGUCUCAAACCAGUAAAAUAACGCCUUUUCAAAAUUGUUAAAUAACUAAUAUUUAACUAAAACGUAAUAUAUAUUUUUUUUUAAUUAUAUAAAAAGUUUUAUAAUAUAUGCUCUAACUUUGUACAAAGGAGCCUUUUUAGGAAAGUGACGUACGAAUUUACAAAAUUUCAUUACAUAACAUGGCGUAAGUGUGUAAAGAAAGUGUUCUCUCCAAAUCGAAUUGGUAAUCGAAUGGCAAACAGUCCCAGCAUAUUUUUUGUGCUAUUCUGGCGGAUUGGAGUGCACCUGUUGUAUCCCUAUAGGUAUACGAAUCGCUCGAUUCAGGAUGCCCUGGGCGAUGAUUAUCUGGUGUGGGUCUCCAGCGAUCGCUGGCAGAACGAGCAAAUGGUCUUCAUGCUAUUCCGCCAGUCGAUCGAAAACUUUCUGAUAUUCAUUUUGAUCAUGGAGAUUAUGCACUCUAUUCAGGUGGGACGCAAUAUGCCGUUAGUGGUGUAAUGCGGCGCCGCAUCAAUAAAAUGUGUAAUUUAAGAAAAUGUAAUUUCUUUUUUGACAUCUCACGGUAGUAAACCUCCCCGGACCACACGAGUGUGGGGCAUAUCAA